CAGAAGACUUAGCUCACCUGGUGAAAGGCAACACAAGGGACACAACUCCCAUUGAGUUUGGUGCCCACCAAGCCAUUUUAGUUGUGGACGAUGAAGCGAAAAAUACGCUACCGCGGGAGUUGAGGGACGGGAUUGUUUUAACCAUCUACGAAUCUAAAGGCCUUGAGUUUGAUGACAUUCUCAUCUACAACUUCUUCAAACAUUCUCAGGUUUUUCAUUCAUUGAAGUAAUGACAAAAACAGUUGAAAUCACCUCAAGGCUUAAACUAGUUUUCACAGUUAAUUGGAAAAUUUAUACCAGAUUUUAUUUUUAUUUACAAAACUAGCAUUAACAUUUGUAAAAAAAAAUAUAUUUUUUUAAAUUAUUAAAAAAUAAGUAAAAUAAUUUUCAAGUUCUGAUUUAGUUUUUGCUAUUUUUUAAAGGCAUCAAAGGAGUGGAGAGUUGUGACCUCAUUUUUAGAAGAGCUAGUCAAAACUGUAAACAAGUCAAAAAGUCGUGAAAGGAAAUCUGAGAAUUUAGUAGUUCUGAACCCAGGUAAAACAUCCAUUUAUGUUAUAGAAAUAAGAGGAUUUUACAGAGUCAAUUCUCUUUUUUUCUUUAAAUUGUGUACAUAGAAAUUUAGUUUCAACUUGCUGUUAAAAUAAGCACACAUUUUUUAAACAAUUUUUUUAGUCCAGUAAAAUGCCACAGAGAAAUACAAUAAAUAGCUGCUGUGUGUUCCCUAAAUUUUUACUUCAACGAAGCAUUGUGGCAGCCACCACCUUUUUUGUUAUUUUGAUAUUGACAUAGCCGUAGCCGAUUAAAUGUGUAAUGCUGUACCUACCCCACCCCAUUCUAUUCGUUCUAAAGAAUGUUAUAGGAUCAUGAAAUUUUGAGAUUUCUUUUCUGGUGGGUUCCUACUUUCUCCCUAUCAAUAAACCAUCGGCUUUGCUAGCCGGGAGAGAGAUUGUUGCUAAUUUUACUAGACACGGGACAUGUUACCAGGAGGCUUACAUAAUUGUACCAUUUGUGUGUGUGUGUAUUUUAAUAAUUUUAUAUUUCGAGGAUUUGACCUUUUCACUUAGUGUGUUGUAUGUUGAUAUAGUUUUUAUUUCUGUAUAUUUGAAUUUGUAAUAUAAUUAAAUUAAAUAUUGUUAGUAUUACUAGCUUUGGUAUAAUUUUUCUUUGUAUACUGGUUUUCAGUCAUAUGUUGCAUGUUGUUCAACACAUGAGCCAAAUCUUAAAACUGAUUAAAUUUGCAAAGCCACAUAACUGUACAUACUACUAUAAAAACAACUCUACUCUUUAGAUGUGCUACAACAGAAAGGUAGACCAAGAGCUCUGACGUUUGAAAAGCACCUUCACAAGCUGCUGGACACUGACCUAAAACAACUUUACACGGCAGUGACACGAGCUCGAGUCAACGUGUGGAUUUUUGAUGAAGAUACAGAGAAACGAGCCCCAAUGUUUGAGUAUUUCAAAGAACUUCACCUGGUGAAAAUUUUAGAUGGAGAAGGCACAGACAAAGAUAAUAAAGGUGUGUUUUUGUGUUUUUUUUUUUCUUUUUUUUUUUGCUGGUUUUUUUUUGCUUUAAAAAAACUAUGCUGAUAUUUUUUAAAAGAGGUUAUAAGGUUAGUUUGUUUUUAGGGUCUUGUUCCCUGGGAUAUUGCUGUGCAAAGUACAACACCAACACUUCAGAACAGUUUAUGUUGUCAAUUCAAAGGGAUUAAUGUAAAAAUUUUUUAAAAGCUCACUUCCUAAGUCUUCUUGGAUUGAUUAUAUUCGUCAAGUUCUUUUCACACGUUGAAUGCGUCGCACUAUUCCUACUAUCACUGAACAAACUCAACUCCUUUUCAUAAUAAUUAUAACUUUAAUGUGUAAGUAAAUAUUAUACACAUAAAACGUGAAUAUAGUGCAGCUCGCUAUCAGACCUAAAUAAUACACAUCCUAUCACUCCAAAGUUCCACUCAAGACUGCCGCACGACUAAAACAUAUGUCAAGAUACUGCAUAGACAAUACGUCACGAAUCAGCAUAAAAAAUACGUAAUAGAGACAAUGGCGGGAAGAGCGUUCACUAACUAUAAGAGUCAAGCGCGGGAAAAGCGUUCAACAACUAAUGAACAUAAUAUUCAGUCGCAACAAUUACUAAUGAACUCCCAUACUCGACAACCUUCAAUCUUCUAAAGGAGAGUAUGAAGAAGUUAUCAUUAAAAUACUCUAGUCAAUCUUCUAAGGGAGAGUAUGAAGAAGAUGCCAUUUAAAUACUCAAGUCAAUCUGCUAAGGGAGAGAUGAAGAAGUUGUCAUUAAAAUACUCAAGUCAAUCUUCUAAAGGAGAGUAUGAAGUAUUUUGUCAUUAAAAUACUCAAGUCAUACUUCUAAAGGAGAGUAUGAAGAAGUUUUUAUUAAAACACUCAAGUCAAUCUGCUAAGGGAGAGUAUGAAGAAGUUGCCAUUUAAAUACCAAGUCAAUCUGCUAAGGGGAGAGUAUGAAGAAGUUGCCAUUAAAAUACUCAAGUUAAUCUUCCACCUUUGUCUGGUUUACACCAGCUCUCGGUCCAGUCACUUACUGAAGAUAACUAAAAAUUAUAAAUUAUUUUUGUAUCAUUUAAUAACUGGGAGAUAAAUCUGUACCAAUAGCUAAGAGGGAGAAAAAAAAAAGAAAAUUAGUAACAGAUAAAAAUGCAUCAGAAUUUUGCUUUUCAAAUUUCUAUUUAAAAAAAAUUUUUAAAAAUAUUAAAACAUGACAAUAGAGACCGACCGAAUUUCGGCUUCGGCCUCGGUUUUGGCGCCGAAAGUGGCCAUUUAUCACUUUCGGCCAAGUUUCGUUUUCGUCCGAAACUGAAAGAUAACUUUGGUUUUUUUUUCUGUUUCAGCCAAAAUUAACUUAGACUUUCGGCCGGACUAAUUCUCAGCAAAAGCGAUAUUUAACAACAACAAACUAAGCGAAAUUUAAGAACAAACUAAACGUAAAUGUUCUUUAAUAACAAAUUAAGUGAUCUUUAAGAACAAACUAAACGAUCUUUAAGAACAAAUAAAGUGAUCUUUAAAAACAAAUAAAGCGAUCUUUAAGAACAAAUUAAGCGAUUUUUUAGAACAAACUAAACUAUAUUUAACAAAAAACUAAGGGACAUUUAAGAACAAAAUAAACGAUCUUUAAAAAAAACUAAGCGAUCUUUAAGAACAAUCUAAGUGAUCUUUAAUUUAAAAAACUAAACAAUCUUAAAGAACAAACUAAGCGAUUUUUAAUAACAAACUAAAUGAUCUUUAAGAACAAAACAUGAUCUUUAAUAAAAAAACUAAAUGAUUUAUAACAAUAAACUAAGCGAUCUUUAACAGAAAACUAAAUGUUCUUUAGGAACAAACUAAAAUAUCUUUAAGAACAAACUAAUUGAUCUUAAGGAACAAAAUCAAUUAUCUAUAAGAACAAAGUAAGAGAUCUUUAAAAACAAUCUAAGCGAUCUUUAAUAAAAAAAACUAAACGAUCUUAAAGAAAAAACUAAGCGAUUUUUAAGAACGAACUAAAUGAUCUUUAAGAACAAAACAAAUGAUCUUUAAUAAGAAACUAAAUGAUUUAUAAGAAUAAAUUAAGCGAUAUUUAACAGAAAACUAAAUGUUCUUUAGGAACAAACUAAAAGAUCUUGAAGAACAAACAAAUCGAUCUUAAGGAACAAAACAAUUAUCUAUAAGAACAAACUAAGCGAUCUUUAUGAAAAAACUAAGUGAUCUUCAACAACAAAAUAAGCUAUCUUUAAGAACAAACUAAAUGAUUUUUAAUAACAAAGUAAAUGAUCUUUAAGAACAAACUAAAUGAUCUUUAAGAACAACUAAGCAAUAUUUAAGAACAAAAUCAAUGAUCUUUAAGAACAAACUUAUCGACCUUUAUGAACAAACUAAACUAUCUUUUAAUAACACAAACUAAGCAAUCUUUCAGAAAAAAACUUUGCAAUCUUUUUUGAACAAACUAAAUGAUCCUUAAUAAAAAAAUGAAAGAUCUUUAAACAAAAACUAAGCGAUUUUUAACGACAAACUAAGCGAUCUUAAAAAAACAAAAUAAAUGAUUUUUAACAACAAAGUAAGCAAUCUUUAAGAACAAAUAAAGCGAUCAUUAACAAAAAACUGAACCAUCUUUAACAACAAACUAAGCGAUCUUUAAGAACAAACUAAACCAUCUUUAACAACAAGAUGUUAUAUUAGAUGUUUAUUUAUUAAUAUUCAUGAUUAUCUAAUUUUUAUAAAAAGAAUGUAAAUAUUUAUACUUUCUUCCAUCAUUUUCGAUGUAUGCAGAAUGUAGGUGGGAACGAAUUUCAAAAUAUCUAAAUAUUUCAGUUUCGGUUUCGGCCGAAAGUCAUUUUUAACGUUCGUCCUUUUUUCGGUUUCGGCCGAAAGUCAUUUUUAAACUUUUGGUCUAUUUUCGGGUUCGGCCGAAAUCAGAAAAUCACUUUCGGUCGGUCUCUACAUGACAAACACACAAAUUAAGACUUAAGUUGUGGCAUCUAUCACAUGGUUUGCUAUGGAUGCUGGUCCUAAGAACUGCAAAGUUGUUUUUUUUCUGUGGUGUACUUAGAUUCAGCUGUUUUGUGUAACAUUUGGGAACCAUAAAAAAAUAAACAUACAAUUUCAUCCGAUACUUGCAGCCUAAAAAUAUAUUUUCUACUAAAUUAUAGUAAAUUUCCACACCAGAUUUUUCUAAAUAACAGCUUCUAAAAAUGUAUGUUUCAUUUCAAGGCAAAGGUUUCAUGGAGACAUCUACCCCAGAGCAGUGGAAACAAGCUGGAGAUAAACACAUGAACCAGAAUCAAUAUAAAUUGGCAGCAAAAUGUUACAAGUAAAGCCAUUGAUAAUGCUUAAUGUUAAACUCUAAAUUAAAAUGUUUUAAUUUAUCAUCUCAUUCAAGUAAAUAAAUGUAAUACAUACAGCUGAUCAAAUUUACUGCCUAUUGCAUACAGCUCAGAGUCAGCUCAGAGUAUUCAAAAUAAAUUCCGGUUGAAGUCAAUAAAACUUUUAAAAAGUGUCCUUUCAAAAUUGUCACAGAAAAGCCAACAAAACACGCCUGGAAAAACUGGCCAAAGCCUUCAUAACAUCUGAGGACGCUGCCAGGGAGGCUAACACUUCAGUGAAAAAAAGCAAACUAUAUCUGAAAGCUGGAGCCCAGUUUUUGUACUGUAAGGCCAUGGAGCAAGCUGUUAGAUGUUUUCAAAAUGCACAUGAAAAUAAAUUUGCUGCAAUCACUUUAGAAAAAUUUGGACGGGUAAAAAAAGUGUUUAAUUUUCUUGUAUUGGAAAUCCCUUAUCUUAAGUCUUCCUUAUCAACCUAUUUUCAUAUUUUUAACAUUUGAAAUUCGAAACACUUUAUUCUGUAUAUGUGACAGCUUACUUACGAUAAUAAUAGCAAUCAUAUGAUGCACAACCUGAUUUUUUAAUUAAAAAAUGACUUAUAAAUCGGAUAUCAAACAUAAAAUAUAUUUUUUGUUACUCAUUGAAAGCUUGAUCAUUUAAGAUUUUUUUAAAUUUCUAGUUCGGCAAUAUGUCAUAGAGAAAUAAUCUGCUAUUGUAUAUAAACGAAAAACUGCCCACAUUUCCAUAUUUUUAGAAUUGGAAAUUCAAAACCUUAGAACCAGUUGUAUCUCAGAAACAAUUAGUAAUUUAAAUCUUAUGUCUUUUCCUCACUAAAACGUAGCCUGGAUAUUUUUUACUGUUAAAAAAAAAAAAGAAAAAGAGUACUGGCUAAACUAAAAAAAUCUACAUUGCUAUAAAAAGACAGGGUAUAGGAAAACACAUUUCUAUCCUUUCGAAAAUGAAAGAGUAGGGACCCAUUUUCAACAAGAUGAUGGUGGGCUUGGUAUUUCUAGAUGAAUCUCAUCAAUAGACAAGCCAUGAUAAUUAGAUAUACCAGUUUUUUAUAAGAUAAAUAAGAUCACUUUAGGUCAUGUCAAUAAUUCUUACUCAACAUACAUGAUAGAAAGCUGACCAAAGGUGUGAAAAUAAAGGAUGAAAUGUAUAACAUUAAUAGAUAGGUGACCCAAGGUCAGAGAGUAAAUUAUGAAAUGUAUAAACCUAUCUGGACAAAGUUGAUUUGAUUUUAUAUAUUGUUAAUAUUUUUUUUUUCAGUUUGAAGAAGCAUCAGAGCAAUACAAGAAAGUCCCUGAUCUUGACAGUGCCACCCACUGCCUUGAGCAGGUUGGCCAGUACAGGCGAGCAAUACACCUGAGGGUGGACAACAACCAGUUUUCUGAAGCUGUGGAUUGUUUGCACAGAUAUCAGAACCUUGUCAAGGUAGACACAUAAUGUUUGAUUUUCUAAAACAUUUAUUUGUGAAUUAUAAUAUUGUUUGUCACUCUAGUGAUGAAAUGAAGGCAGUGUCAGCUCCCUAACCCAGAUGUAUUCCAUUUAUAUUCAUGAAGGGUUGUUUCCAGCCAAGAGUAAAUGUUGGGCUGACAGCAUUCAUAAGUCAUUUAAAGUAACUGUUCUUAGGGAACAGUAAACUCUGAGCAAACAACACAUCAGCUUUUAGGGGCAUAGUUACGACUAGAGCCACCUGGGGCAGGCCAAGAUUUUAGCCAACCCACCCCCCCCCCCUCCUUCUCCUAUAAAAACCCUUCUGCAUUUGGCCAUAAUGCCAAACUACAAUCUAAAGUCAAAAAAGUCCAAUCAUGAUGAAUAACAAAGACAUCAUCUUUUAGGGGCAUAGUUACGACUAGAGCCACCUGGGGCAGGCCAAGAUUUUAGCCAACCCCCCCCCCCCCCCUCCUUCUCCUAUAAAAACCCUUCUGCAUUUGGCCAUAAUGCCAAACUACAAUCUAAAGUCAAAAAAGUCCAAUCAUGAUGAAUAACAAAGACAUCAUGCGAAAUGUUUCUGGCCUUUGAUCUUACAUGUUAUAGCAGCCAUAAUGGUUGUGACCUUACAUGUUAUUAUAAUAUUUAGAAUUUUUUAAAAAAUUAGUAUGUCAGUUAAUUACAAAAUGCUAUUUUCUAAAAUAGUGAUAAAAUUAAAUUUCUGCCAACUAAUUGUCUUGAUUUUUUAAAAAAGACCUUUGAAGUUGAAGGUCAAGCUGUUCCAGACAUUCUUGUUGAGAACAAACCAAGAGAAGAAUACUCUGAGAACAAUUUGUGGCUCAGGUGAGUUGUAGAUCAAUUUUUUUUAUUUUUUUUUUGCCUUUUUUUUUUCUUUCUUAAAAUGAUCAAUGAUUUCCAACCCUUGUUGGAUAAAUUUGAAAAUAAAACCUUGCACAUUGACUUUAGCCAACUCUGGGACAUUAAUCAUGUGAUCUUAAAGUAGUAUAAAAAUGAAAGAAUUCCUAGGGGGCUAUUAAAGCCAGUAAACUGUGGCUCAUUGUUAUGAGUAAUGAGUUCAUGCAAAGGAAAUAAUGAGGCAUGCAUGGGCAUCACUACUGAGUAUCAUAGGAAUGGGCUUGGCCAAGGUUCAUUAUACUUGAUUUUUUUUUUAUCAACUACUUUCAAGCUGACUUCCAAUGGCUUUUCUUUUUCUUUACUUACAUUCACUUUGUAAACUGCUCUCAGCCUGACUUUUAAUAACUUUUUCCUUUAACUACCUUACAAUUCUCCAGGUUGGCUGAGCUUCAACACAGUGAGGGUAAAAUGGAAGACUUUCAUAAAACGGUUGCCAAUGUGACAGAUAAGCAGAAAAAAAUUCCUCUCCUCAAAAAGUUGGAAUUCUGGAAAGAAGCAGCUGAACUGCUGCAUGAUGAUGGUAUUGUUACUGUUAUAUAGGAUGUAUGAUGCUAUUGAUACAGUUGUAUGCUACUGGGGUUACUGUUAUAUAUGAUGUAUAAUGCUAUUGUUACUGUUAUAUAGCAUGUAUGAUGGUAUUGUUACUUUCUGUCGCUUGUAAGUUGAUCUUAUUUUCCCAGGAGCUGAGGAGCAAAGAAAAGAGGCUGUCCAUCUCAUGAUGAGAAGUGGGCAACUGGACACAGCUCUGGUGUAUGCCAAAGAAGGAUUCUUUAAGCCAUUAAGGGCAGCAAUCCACAUUUCCAUGGCAACGGAAUGUAAUAAUGAUGUGAGUUUGAGGAAUUUUGAAAAUGUUCCAUUUAAAAUCUUCUAAUUAGAAAACAAAAAAGAAAAUUAAUAACAGAAUAUCACAGCUUUUAUUCUUGAUACCUCAUCAAAUGUUGAUUGCCCAUCCUCACUACAUACCACAAUCAUGUGUUCUCUUUAUCUUUAAAACUAAAUAAAAAUAUACCAAUAGUUGUUCUACUUUUUUUUGUCACAAAUGGCCCCCCAAUAUUUCAAGGUGGCAAAAUAUUGCUUACCACAGAAAUAAGCAACAAGCCACGCAAGGUAGAGGCCGACCGAAUUUGGGUUUUGGCGCCGAAAGUGGCCAUUUUAUCACUUUCGGCCAAGUUUCCGUUUCGGCCGAAACUGAAAAUUUAACUUUCGGCUUAAUUUCGGUUUCGGCCGAAAGAGAAAAGUUAACUUUCGGUUUUUCUUCGAUUUCGGCUGAAAUUGACUUAGACUUUCGGCCGACUCAGUUUUUUGGUCAUCUAAUACUCAGUGAAAGCGAUAUUUAACAACAAACUAAGCGACAUUUAAGAACAAACUAAACGAUCUUUAAAACAAACUAAGCGAUCUUUAAGAACAUCUAAGCGAUAUUUAAUAACAAACUAAACGACCUUAAAGAACAAACUAAACGAUUUUUAAGACCGAACUAAAUUAUCUUUAAGAACAAAACAAAUGAUCUUUAAUAGUAAACUAAAUGAUUUAUAAGAAUAAACUAAGCGAUCUUUAACAGAAAACUAAAUGCUCUUUAGGAACAAACUAAAAGAUGUUUAAGAACAAACUAAUUGAUCUUAAGGAAAAAUCAAUUAUCUUUAACAACAAACUAUGGGAUCUUUAUGAACCGACUAAGCGAUCUUUAACAACAAACUAAUCGGUCUUUAACAACAAACUAAGCAAUUUUUAUGAACUAACUAAACGAUCUUUAAGAACAAAUAAAGCGAUCAUUAACAAAAACGGGACGAUCUUUAACAACAAACUAAGCGAUCUUUAAGAAAAAAACUAAAGGAUCUUUAACAACAAACUUGGCGAUCUUUAUGAAUAAACUAACCAAUCUUUAAGUAAAAUAAAGCGAUCAUUAACAAAAACUGGACGAACUUUAACAAAAAACUAAGCGAUCUUUAAGAACAAACUCACAAUCUUUAAGAACAAACUAACCGAUCAAUAGCAAGCAACUAACGAUCUUUAACAAAAAACUAAACCAUCUUUAAAAACAAAUAAAGUGACCUUUCAGAACCAAUUAAGCGAUCUUUUAGAACCAUAUCAGAACAACAAUUUUUAGAGACCCGGUUUAAAAAAAUCAUAUUUUUCAUUUAUUUGGCCCCCCCACCCCCAUUUUUUUUGGGCCAAAUUUUCUCUUACCAUACUAAUUUUUUAAAAAUUUAAAGCAAUUUAAAUUACUUUUAUAUUAAAAUGGUAAAAUCCAAAGUAUUCAUUAGAUCAAGGGUCUCAAACUCAAAUCAUCAGGGGGGCCGCAGGAGUUAGUGUCUGAAUGAGAGUGGGCCACAUCAAGUAAUCCACAAAAAAGCGAUUACAACUGUUACAAUCUGCUCAACCUUUAUAAAUAACUAUAAAAUCAUUAAGGGUUCUCAAGAACUAGGAUUCACUUUCAUCCACCUACUCACUGUUGUAUACAAAAAUAUAUAAAAACAUUUAAAAAUAAAAAAAAAAAUCAGAAUUAGACUAGUCGGUGAGAUUCGACUGAAACCGUCGCGGAGAGUCACGUUAUAGAUAUGAGAAUGGGGGAAAAGGGCCGGCGCAUUUACACUAAACUUUUCUGUCAUGUAGCGGGCCGCAAAAUAUCGUCUUGCGGGUCACAAAUGAGUUUGCGGGCCGCGAGUUUGAGACCCCCAUAUUAGAAGUUUAUUUAUUAAUAUUCACGAUUAUCUCAUUUUUUUAUAAAAAGAAUGUAAAUAUUUUUACUUUCCCACAUCAUUUUCGAUGUAUGCAGAAUGUAUGCGGGAACGAAUUUCAAAAUAUCUCAAUAUUUCAUUUUCGGUUUCGGCUUUGGCUUCGGUUUCGGCUGAAAUUCAUUUUUAACUUUCGGCCUUUUUCCGGUUUCGGCCGAAAGUCAUUUUUAAACUUUCUGCAUUUUUUCAGUUUCGGCCGAAAGUCAUUUUAAUCUUUCGGCCUAUUUUCGGCUUCGGCCGAAAUCAGAAAAUCACUUUCGGUCGGUCUCUGACGCAAGGGUGUGUUGUCUCUUCUCUCUGCUAUACACUAUAAAACUAAUGGCAUAAAGAGCUCAUACAAUACUAUUUAACUCAUUUAGUUUGCUUAUUAACCACCGUCUUGCCCUAAUAUUUGAAAGGGAAAGUUUAUAUUGCAAAUUAGUUACAAACUUUAUUCUUGUGAGUUAUGAAGAUUUUCUUAAGUAAAAUGUAUUUUAAAAAACCAAUGAGCACCAAAUUUCAGAUCUUAAAAUAAAGCAAGUCACUAAAAAAAAUUAGCUAUUUUGCCAUGACCACUGAAAAAUUCUCUGGGAGAAAGUGAAUUAAUAUUUUAUCUUAAUAAAUUAAAUAACUGUGGCAACCACAAAGAAACAAAUUUAUUUUAAAAUAUUUUACGGUCCAACAGUUGUAAGGCUUAUGAGCUUCAGUGCUACCUGCCUGUUUUGGGAAUUCAUUGUUUCUCCUAAAAAACACACGUUACAUUGAUUUAUUAAGACUGGAUGUAACGUUUUAAAAAAAUUAACAUACAAAAUUAUUUGCAUUAUAAAAUAAUUAAAGCGGAAUGCAUUUGUACAACCAGAAUAUAUUAGGAGGAUGCAUGUCUCACAUUACAUCCCUCACACUACAUCCCUCACACUACAUCCCUCACACUACAUCCCUCACACUACAUCUCUCACAUAAAAUCAAAGUUGCUUAAAAGAUUGUCUCUGUCAGGUCAAACUGUUCUUUCAAAGUAAGGACCAAAAGAUAUAAAAAUUUAAUUGUUCCCAAUCUGCCAGUGGUGGUUCUCAGGCUGUUUUGAAUAAUCCUGCUUAUUAUUGUAAUUAUGGAAGUGAGCUUUUUUGUGUUUGUAAAAACUAAUUUUUUCUGUGGAGAUAUUUACAAGCCCAAAAAUGAAUAUAAAUAUUAAGACAAAUUUCCAUUUUUUUUAAAUUAAAAAAAAAGUUUGAUCUUAGCUCAUAGAUAUUCUGGGCUUGUCAUUUCCUCCCAAUAUAUGCCCUGGGGUGGCAUUAUUAUUGAUUGCAUUAUAAUGCCAAUAAAUAUUCUGUUGUGAGCGUUUCUCAAUUACAUACAACAGGAUUUUAAUAAAAAUUAUGUAUGUUUUUAGAAACUAUUGAAAAUGUGUAAAGUAUGUUACAAAAGUUCUCAAUAUAACAGGAUAUACCUGAAAAACACUGCAAUACUCAAACACCUGAACAGCAAAAUGUUUGUUUAUCUCCAGCUCAAAGUAAAAGAAAAUUUCACAGCAGCCCAAGAGAUUUAUGGUGAACUGGGAGACCGUCACGGUCAAGCUCUUGCAACACUGCUGCUUGGACAACGGACAAAGGAUCUGAAACAACUAAGAGAAGGUAUAUGUUAACUGAAAUUGAUGUACAAUGGAGGAACACUGUCAGCUGAUAGUGCACAGAUCUUAAACAGAGAUGGAAGAAAUCAAACUUAAUUUCUUCAUUACAAUUGUUUUAAAACUCCAGGUUUAAAAGACAUCUGGCUAAAACAAGGAAAACUAUUGAACGGUCAUGUCUAUUCUUUUUCCAGCUAACAAACUGUUUGAUGACCCAGAUUCCCCACAUUUACCUGGCCAACUGGAAAGCUUUGUUGCAAUUGCUGAACUGUUCAGAAACAAAUUAAUGCUUUUAGAUGAUUGCAGUGAUUUCAUUAAAAAUAUCAUUGGCUUAGGACAGAAGGUGAGACCAUGGGUUCAUUAUUGUUACCUGCCUGAUCAAAAAUAUCAUUUAAAAAAUUGUUUAAAACAUUUUAAUAACCCAUUAAAUUUAGUUUAAAAUGUCAAACAUAAAGUGUUUUAUUUAAAAUGAAAUUUUACACCCCCCCACCCCCCACCCCCUCCAUUCCAACGCACGAAAAGAUGUGGACAUUAUUAGUUUGAAAUCCAUUGGUAUUUUAAAAGCAAAUUCGAAGUUAAGUUUACCAAGUUUGGGCACAAUGCAACAAUUUACAUAACAGCUUGGAUUUUACCUUCAGCCUUCUUGUAUAACUUUGGCUAUUGUAAGGAAAAUACAUUUUACAACCUUCUACACACAUUUGGAACUUUCUAGACACUUAAAAAAUAUCUUUAAAUUUAAUUUAAUAACAUUUGAGGAAAAAUCACAGAAACAAAAGAGACAUAUCUAAAGGACAUUUUUAUAAUAUUAAAAACUUUUUUUUUUUUAAUUGAAAGCUCUAGAGUAAGGUAUAGUCUAAACUUCAAGACUUUAAAAAUUUAAUUUUAAAAAAAUGAAAAAAAUAUUAAAACUUAUAUACUUAUUAAAUACUAAAACUUAUAAAAACAAAAUGCCCCAACUCUCAGCGUUUUCCAUGAAAUUUAUUGAACCGUUCUAAAAUGUGACUUUUAACGAUCAGUAAAAUAGGGAACCUAAACAGUCCAUUCAAGUGCAUUUGUACCCAGUUUGAUCUAGCUCUAUCUAUUCAUUUGUAAAUUUAUUUAUGUAUUUCAUAUAAAAAACAAAAUCUGGUCCCCCAACUCUGAACAGUUUUUUAUUUUAAAAAAUUCGAACCCCAUCAACAUUUUCUUCUGGAUAAUGAAGAGAAACAACUAUGUGGCCCAAGUUUCCAUCAAUCCAUGUAGAAAUUUCUGUGAUACAACCAGACACAUUUUCUCAUGAAUAUAUUAGAUACAUGUUAUACCAGAAAGAUACAUGGAUGAACAUUUGAAAUAUUUUUUAGUUAUUAUUUUUUUUAUUUAGAACAUUCAACCAAUUACAAAUCAACCUUUACAUGUUGAUGAAUACCGGUAUGCCGUUUUUAUAGUAUUUCAUUGUUCAGUGUCUUGCACCAUUUUUAACUGUAACACUCCCAUAACAUUUUCUGAUUACUUAAAAUCUAGACAGAAACUUAUUGUGUUAAGAAUAAGAAGCUUAUAAAUGAAUGUUCAACCAAUACAUUUUUUAAUUAAAAAGAUCAUUCUACUCUGGACUGAAAAUGUUACAUGUGUAACACAUGAUACCUUUGAGACAUUGCUAUACUCAUAAAAUGCACCCACCCAUUCAGUGACAUAAUUUUUUUGGAGCUAAAUCACAAAUUUAUUAUUUAUGCGUACUUCAUUUUAUUAUAUUUUUUUUCAUCUUUACCAAGUUUAUACAAAUUUUGUACGGUGGUAAAAACAAACAAUGGCAAAACUAUGUGGAAUUCUAUGGCCUGGAGCUCGAUGUGACAAGGCAGAAGUUGACAUGGUAUCCACACCAACAUCCAUUAUACGAGAAAAUUCAAAAGCAUGAUGUUGCUGCCAAGUAUUACACAGUGGACGUAAUAGAGGUAAGUUCUUUCUUUUCUUACUUCUUUAUGCCUUUUUACCCCAUGUGGGGCAUAGGCCGUCCACAAGAAUUUUCUAUUUAUCACGGUCCUGUGCAUUCCUUUCCAGUCGCUUCCAGAUUUAUCCCAUAUUUUGCAUGUCUGCCUCUAGCUUGCAUCUUCUUGUAUUCUUAGGCCUUCCUCUCUUUCUUUUUACCUUUGGAUUCUAUGUUAGGGAUUGUCUGGUGGAGCUAUUUGGGGUUUUUUGGAGAGUAUGCCCUAUCCACUUCCAUCUUCUCUUUAUGAUGUCUUCAUCAAUGGGCACCUGGUAAGUCCUUUCUAUCAGAUCUUUGUUGGUGAUGGUAUUUGGCCAUUUGAUGUUCAGGAUCUUUCUCAGGCAUGUGUUUAUGAAGGUCUGCAAUUUUUGCUUACUGCUCGCUGUUGUUUUCCUAGUUUCUGUUCCAUAUAGUAGAACUGGUUUGACAUUUAAUUUGUGUUAAAGAUUCUGUCUUUGGUUUGCCGCUUCAGCUCCUAGACUCUCAUUUUUUUUUAAUAGCACAGAUGCUGAUCUAGCUUUUCCAAUUCUAACCCUUACAUCCGUGUUGGAUCUGCCAUUUGUGUAAGUUGUGGAAAAAAAGGGUGAAUUAGUUUGUAGAACAUGGGUGAGUUGGUGUGUGGAUUUUAGUUGAGUUGGUGUGUAGAAAAUGGGUGAUUUAGUGUGUAGAACAUGGGUGAGUUAGUGCAUAGAACAUGGGUGAGUUGGUGUGUAGAACAUGGGUGAGUUGGUGUGUAAAACAUGGGCAAGUUGGAGUGUAGAACUUGGAUGAGUUGGUGUGUAGAACUUGGAUGAUUUGGUGUGUAGAACAUGCGUGAGUUAGUGUGUAGAGCAUGGGUAAGUUGGUGUGUAAAAACAUGCAUGAGUUAGUGUGUAGAACAUGGGAGAGUUAGUGUGUGGCACUGAGGUGAGCUAAUAUGUCGCACUGAGUUGAAUUUGUGUAAAAGGCUUCUAAUAGUGGCUUCAACUUUCAUGACCUCCUAUUAUUAAAAAAAUAUGUUUGAUACUUUUACUGAUUCACAAAAGCCAGCAACUAAAUAAAUAAAUAGAGAAUUAUUAUAAUUAUUAAAACCCAAGUUUAAAACAGUUAGUAUAGUUUAUUAAAAUAAACUCAUCUCCCUCCCAAAACCCAAAAGAUAUAUGCUACCAUGCUUGAACACUCCACUCACCAUUUAAACACCCUCAUACCUUAGUAUUCGACAUAUUUCUGGACCUUAUUUAUGAAAACAUCAUAUGAUUACCACUCAGAGCUAAAUGUUUGCGUUUCAUUUAUAUAGUCAGUGAGAAAUAUGUCAUGCCCCUUCACAGGCUGUCAAAGUGCUAACCAGAUAUACGCUGGAGAGCAUCAAGGAGCUGACAAAAGGUGUUCGAAGAAGUUUACAGCAACUGAUUGAGCAGAGAGCACAGAAGAUAACCUGUAAAAUAUUCCAUGAAGAGCUCAAAUGUGAUCAGACAUCCUGCAAGAAUCAACACAACUAUCAUUCAAACAAGGACACUGAUAGAGCAGCGGUUCUCAAUUUGUUGAUCUUAAAUGUGAGAAUUUUUGUAGAAUUGAUUAUAUUUUUAGCAAAGAUUACUUAGUAUCAAUUUAAAAACAUGGCCCGUAUCAUAUAUAAAUGGUAUAUAUAUCUGUUACAAACCUGUCUCUUCAGAUAGAUUGAUUCUAAAUAUUUGAUUUUACAUCAUUACACAGUCUCAAUAAAACAAAUUUACACUAUCAGUAAAUUAGAUAACACUAUAAUCUGUAACAUGCUAUCUCAUCUCACUGGAAUUUUUUACACUUUAGUUAUUACAUUGGAAUACCUAACAGUCUGUAAGCAACUAUCUCACUUGAUAAUAUCACACUAUAAUCUUUCACCAACUAUCUCACCAGGUUGAGUUAGACAACAAUUUGUUCCAAGCAGCUGACAUGCUAGAAAGGUGUGGCAUGGCGGAAAUGAAGACAAUUCUUCUUGAAGAAUCCAAUUGGAAAUCAGUGGAAAGAUUGCUAGAGUUUCUAGUUCCUUCUAGACCCUACCCUGAUCCUGACAUAGAACAAGUCUUGAAGUUUGUUGCAACUAUUGGGAACUCAAAGGAAACCCUUGCCCAAGUAGAAAGGUUGAAAUUUUAAGCUUAAUUAAAUAGGUGUUUCAAUAAUCAAGUCAGCAGAUAACUGAGUAAUCAUCAAUCAAUUAAUAUUAUUUUAAAAAUUAAUGUUAAAAGGAGUUAAAAUCACCUGGUUUGAUGUUUUUUCUGAAAAAAAUGUCACCUAUCGGCAGUGUGAUUGGUCAUAUUGUAAGCGCUCACUAUAAAAACUACAUCAUUUUUUAACACUCUCCCAGUGAGAGUGUCUGUGUUUCCAUAAUUCUUCACUUCUACCAUGUCAGCAGUGAUAUAGUUUCACACCAUCCUGUAGCAAAAUCUUAGCACCAGGCAUACUUGCAUUGUUAUAACAAAUAACCAGUUCUAAGAAAUGGCUUGCCGUGGAGCAGUGUUUCUUGGAAAUCACUGUUUGAUGAAUCAAAUUACUAUUUUACUUGAUUCAAGCAUGGCAUUGAAAACAUAGCAUUGUAAGGAAACUACAAGCAGAACGAUGUGGGGGUUACAAUGAGAGGUCCAAUAGUCAUAGGUCAAGGACCGGCUCAGUAAUAAUUUGGUAAUGAAAAUGGGUUUAUUCAUAGGUAAAUAGUUUCACAGGUCAAGUAUUUCAUGUUACAAUUUUUCUUGAAUACACAUCAAAAAGCUUUCUUAGUUAAAUAUCAAUUCAAAUACUCAUCAAAUAUUCUGAACCUUUUAACAAAUGGCCGACCAAAUAUCAUUAAAUAGAGAAACAAUUACUGGAGCGUUAAAAUGUUGUGUUCUCUCCCCUGUCCUGUAUACACUAUAUACCAAAAAAAUCCAGUGCCUAGGCAACACCGUUCCAAUCAUUACAUUUUGCUGAUGGUACCAUCAGUGUUGGCUUAAUAUCUGAAGGAGAAUUUGAUACAGUGACAUAGUUAACAAUUUUAUACUGUGACAUAGUUAAAAAGUUGAUUCUGUGACAUAGUUAAAAAUUGAUUUUGUGACAUAGUUAAAAAAAAUUGAUCCUGUGACAUAGUUAAAAAGUUGAUUCUGUGACAUAGUUAGAAAGUAGAUUCUGUCACAUAGUUACAAAGUAGAUUCUGUGACAUAGUUACAAAGUUGAUUCUGUGACAUAGUUACAAAGUUGAUUCUGUGACAUAGUUAAAAAGUAGAUUCAGUGACAUAGUUAAAAAGUAGAUUCUGUGACAUAAUUACAAAGUUGAUUCUGUGACAUAGUUAAAAAGUAGAUUCUGUCACAUAGUUAAAAAGUUGAUUCUGUGACAUAGUUAAAAAGUUGAUUCUGCGACAUAGUUGCACGCUUUUUUUUUGUUGGAGAUAAAAAUCCUCUUCACUUGAUUUCUGUUUGGGGGAAUCAAUCAAUUGCAGAUCUAACAAUAUAAUACAGUAUAGAGCAAGUAGAGAAAUAAAAUUACCUAGGGUCAACACACACACACAAAAAUCUUAACAUGGCAUGCCCAUGACCUAAUUCUGUAUAAAAAAAGUAAACCAAAGACUUUCCUAUCUUAAAAAAUUUAUACAAUUUUGGAGUUAACAAAUUGUAAAAAUAUUCUUCAGUGCAACAAUACGAGGACUAUUGAACUUCAGCAGUAACUGCUGGUGUGGGAAUUCAACUAAUACUCUUAAAUUGACUUAUCAAGAGAGCAAGUGAUCUCACACAAACAAAACUACUUUCACUUGAAGAAAAUGCAUUUGUAAAGCUAAGAAAAUUUUGGAGGAUACAUUACACCCUCUUCAUCACAGAUUCCUAAGACCAGCUCGAUCAGGGAAAAUUCUUUCCCUCAAAGUUAGGACCAAAAGAUAUAAAAAUUUAGUUUUUUCCCCACUUUUUCAGUAUUUACCAGCGUUAUCCCCCAUCGAUUACAAAAUCUGGAUAAUUACUCUUAAAUUCUAUUUAGUUACCAAGGGAAAAAAAUUUGGGGUAUAUAGGACAGCAAAUUUUUGCCCUUGAGAAAUACUUUAGAUGUCUUGUGUUAGUCUAGUUUUAAAUCUUGUAUCUGUAAAAAAUAUGUGCUUAAAAUAAAUUAAAUUUGCACAAUUUAAUCAAAAAACAAUUUCAUUUGUUUGGAUCAUUAAAAGAAUGUUAUCAUAUCAACUUUGAUCAAUACAGAUAUGCACAAUUUAGGGCGAUAUUCAAUCAAUUUUUUAAAGCUAAAAUCAAAAUAGUGAAAACAAUUGCAAUGUACAUAUAAUUUUAAAGUCUAAAGUUUAAAAACCGCUGAAAGUAAUUUUUAUUAUGCUACUCUGAAAGCAUUUUCAUGGAUGGAAUUAUUUUUUUUAUAUUUUUUGAUAAGUCUAUCCAAAGAUUCUGCUAAUACUAAUUAAAUUAUCAGAAUUAAAAUUUAAAAUUAAUUUUCGUAUUGAUGUUGAUAAAGAACUUGUUAUGAGGCUAUUUGAUAAUCACUUUUUGUACUAACUAAAAUUUUGAAUUUUCCUUAUAUCUUUUCAUUGAUUUUUGUUCAGAUAUUUUCGGUUUCGGUGGGUAGAUGUAAACACUCACAUAGAGCCAAUGGUAAUGGUGAGGUCAACAUGCUGGGUAACUAAAGCAGUGUUUUGGUCAUCUUUGCUACAAUUGAAGAUAGAUGUACAGAAAGAAGUUAUACGAUUUGAGGUAAGCCUUCACAGGUGAAGUAUUUAUGCUAAAUUUUCAAAAAAUAAUGACAGCAUUGGAAAAAGAAAACAGUAGGCAGUGUAAUAGAAGCCCGACCCAGCAGGCAGCUCCCAGAGAAAGGGCCAACAUACAGACACAGACAGCUCCCAAAGAAAUGGCCAACAUACAGAAGUCAGACAGCUCCCAGAGACAAGAUCAACAUACACAAAUCAGACAGCUCCCAGAGAGAAGGCUAACAUACACAAGUCAGACAGCUCCAAGAGACAAGUCCAACAUACACAAAUCAGACAGCACCCAGAGACAAGACCAACAUACAAAUCAGACAGCUCCCAGAGACAAGACCAACAUACACAAAUCAGACAGCUCCCAGAGACAAGACCAACAUACACAAAUCAGACAGCUCCCAGAGACAAGACCAACAUACACAAAUCAGACAGCUCCCAGAGACAAGAUCAACAUAUACAAGUUAGACAGCUCCCGGAGAAAUGGAAGAUCAACAAAAGUAGACUUUUCCUCCCUUCUGCUACAUCAAGCACAUGAGGCCUUUACAAAUGAUGAACUUAAAUACACAAGACCUUCCUGUUAAAAACCCAUGUCACUAGACAGAACUGAAUAGAAUAAAAAAAUUUACACUGGUCCUGAAAUCUAAACCAGUUAUCAUGUUAGUAAAAGAUGUAUAUGGACAAAGAAAUAUUUUUAAGUCUAAGAUGAAUAACAAAAACUUAUUAAAAAAUAUUUGCCUGGCAUUGUAACCUGUCAAUUAAUUGAUAAUUCAUUUGUAGACUAAAAUCAUUGAGCGAACUUUAAAGAAGAUUAUAAAACUUGUCCCAAAUUCAUUUUGUACUGAAACAAAUAAUUUUAUGAUUUUCAGAGUCAAAUAAGUCAGAAAUUGACCAAUAGAAGUCCUGAAAACUUAUCAUCUCUGGGACUGUAUCUGUCAGAAGCUGAACCAGGAGGUCAACAACAGAUGCACUUUGCUGGCUCAUUGUUUAUGCAAUCAUUCAACGAGAUCAGCUGCUCAGGGGACAUGCACAAGUCAACCAACCUUUUUAUAGAGAUGAUGAACCUUAUUGGUCAGUGUGGUCAGGGAACAAGGCUGCCAUCUUCAGACUUGGAGUACAUCAUUUUCU